GAAAAAGAAAAAAGAAAAGAGUAGUUAUAUAUUUUAUAAAAAGGAAUUCUACCAACGUUCAUGUGGUGGGAAGGAACGAUAUUCGUCAAGGUUAAUCUGGCUUUUUCACAAAAGAAAAUGGUGGUGUGAUGCAAUUGAAUUGUUCUCUGGAAAAUGAUGAUAGAUAAAACAUCAGUCUCAAAAGAAAAGGAGAAGGAAUCACGUUUCAGUGGUGAACACUCCACUCCGCCUCUCUCCAAUGGUUCCUGCACGAUAGAAGAAGAAGGAGAAGGAUCUUGUAUCGUGAUCGCUGGAUGGAAGUUGCAGUCGUCGAUAUUUGAGGAGCAGCCACGAUGGGAGAAGAGAAGAAUAGCAAAACUUUCAUUUUUAGGGUUUUUUUUUUUUUUUUUUAAUGUUUUAAAUAAGGACAUUUUAGAGUUUUCGUAUCAUUUGUCCUGCAACUCAACAUCCUAAAAACUCUUUCUAUAAUUCUUUACCCCUUUUUUCUUCCCAAGCCAAACAUGCCCAAGUCGAUUGGAGGCAAUCCUUGAAAGAGCUUCAGCUGCCCUCAAAUGGCUGUUCAUCGACUUCCUCUCCCAAAUUCCACUUUCAGAAGUGGAAUUCUCUCAUCAAAAUUCACAUCUUCAACUCCUUUACUUCCUGCUAUUUUCAAUUCUUUCACACUUCACACUAUCUACUCUCCUUCAAAUACUGCCCUUCGAUUCCUCCAAACCCAUUCUGCUCCAGCACCUCCUCAUCCUGUCUCUUCUUCACUCUCUCCUUCGGAUUCCUUUCUACUGGAAAAAAUUUUGUUCACUUUGAAGCAGAAUAAUGUAAGUUAUUUACGCGAUUCUCUUUUACGCCUCAGCCCUUCUCUUUUACUCCAAGUUCUCUUUAGGUGUCGUGGAGAUUUACAUUUGGGCUUAAAAUUCAUUGGUUUAGUUUCAUAUCAUUUCCCGAAUUUCAAGCAUUCCUCACUUUCUUUGAGUGCAAUGGUUCAUUUUUUAGUGCGCGGCAGGAGGCUCUCAGAAGCCCAAGCUUGCAUUCUUAGGAUGGUGAGGAAAAGCGGGGUCUCACGAGUUAAGGUCGUCGAAUCCUUAAUUUCGACGUGUUUUUAUUUCGGGUCGGUUGGUUUGAUUUAUGAUUUGUUAGUAAGGACUUACGUGCAAGCUAAAAAGUUAAGAGAAGGGUCUGAAGCUUUUCAAAUUUUGAGGAGAAAAGGAGUUUCUGUUUCUAUAAAUGCUUGUAACAAGCUCCUUGGUGGUCUUGUGAGGACUGGGUGGGUUGAUUUAGCUUGGGAAAUAUAUGGGGAAGUUGUGAGAGGGGGUAUUGAGUUGAAUGUUUAUACACUCAAUAUUAUGGUUAAUGCUCUUUGUAAAGACCGCAAAUUUGAGAAUGUGAUGUUCUUCUUAUCAGAUAUGGAAGGAAAAGGAGUUUUUGCUGACAUUGUGACAUAUAAUACACUCAUCAAUGCUUACUGUCGUGAAGGACUUGUUGAAGAAGCAUUCCAAUUGUUGAAUUCAUUCUCCAGUAGGGGUAUGGAACCGGGCCUUCUAACUUAUAAUGCUAUCCUGUAUGGCCUGUGUAAGAUAGGUAAGUAUGACAGGGCAAAGGAUGUUUUAAUUGAGAUGUUGCAACUUGGAUUAACGCCUAAUGCUGCUACAUAUAACACAUUGCUAGUUGAGAUUUGUCGAAGAGACAAUAUUUUAGAAGCUCAAGAGAUAUUUGAUGAAAUGUCACGUCGUGGUGUUCUUCCUGAUCUGGUUAGUUUUAGUUCUCUGAUUGGUGUGCUUGCGAGGAAUGGACACCUUUAUCAGGCUUUGAUGCAUUUUAGAGAGAUGGAAAGAUCUGGUAUAGUACCUGAUAAUGUUAUUUAUACUAUUCUUAUAGAUGGGUUUUGUCGAAAUGGUGCUCUUUCAGAUGCUUUGAAAAUGCGGGAUGAGAUGCUUGCUCGUGGUUGUUUCAUGGAUGUGGUUACAUAUAAUACUUUUUUGAAUGGAUUAUGCAAGAAGAAGAUGUUUGCGGAUGCAGAUAUGUUAUUUAACGAAAUGGUCGAGAGAGGUAUGGUUCCAGACUUUUAUACUUUCACCACACUCAUUCGUGGAUAUUGCAAGGAUGGAAAUAUGGACAAAGCGCUGAAUUUGUUUGAAGCAAUGGUUCGUACAAACCUGAAGCCAGAUAAAGUGACAUACAAUACGUUGAUUGAUGGCUUUUGCAAAGCAGGCGAAAUGGGAAGGGCCAAGGAGUUGUGGGAUGAUAUGAUCAGGAAAGAUAUUAUCCCCGACCACAUUUCCUAUGGAACUGUAUUAAAUGGUUUUUGUAGUUCAGGCCUUUUACCUGAGGCAUUGAAUUUGUGUGACCAGAUGCUUGAAAAGGGUAUCAGACCCAAUCUCGUCACUUGCAAUACUUUAAUUAAGGGAUACUGUCGGUCCGGUGACAUGCCGAAGGCAUAUGAAUAUUUGAGCAAAAUGAUAUCAAAUGGAAUAAUUCCUGAUAGCUUCUCAUAUAAUACUCUUAUUGAUGGAUAUUUGAAAGAAGCGAACCUAGAAAAAGCUUUCAUAUUGAUUAAUGAGAUGGAAAAACGGGGGCUUCAAUUUAAUAUUAUUACAUAUAAUUUAAUUUUGAAUGGAUUCUGUGCCGAAGGAAAAAUGCAAGAGGCUGAGCAGGUAUUAAGGAAAAUGAUUGAGAUCGGCAUAAAUCCUGACGGAGCCACGUACUCUUCUCUGAUAAAUGGUCAUGUCAGCCAAGACAAUAUGAAGGAGGCAUUUCGUUUCCAUGAUGAAAUGCUCCAACGAGGACUGGUGCCUGAUGAUAGAUUUUAAAUUUUUACUUCAUUGGAUGCAUGUCGACUAUUUAAUUAAGGCAAAGGUCUCUUUUCUCUCUUGGAUACUUCACAUGUAAUCUGAACCUGAAUGCUGAUACUUUUGCUUUGCUGGGUUUGACUCCUUAAUUCCAGAGAAUCAAAUUUUAGUUAUCACAGGUAAAGAGGAGAGAAGACUUGUGAGCAAGAGUUGGUCACGAGUUGAUUAAAUCAUCACAAAGAGAUUAGAUUGUAAAGGAGCCAUUUGAUCGUGGCAGCCAAAACAUUUUCGCUGUUGCAUCGAGAAUUGGAAGGUACAGGGAAACAAAAGAGGGACAUGAUUCAUGUAGAUGAAUCUCCCAAAACGUCUUAUAAAGCCAAGGUCCCAAUUGUUUGUUGCUAAGUUCUAACUUCCAACCAUCGUUAAUGGGGGAUGAGGAAAGCCAAGACAGGUAUAUUCACUUGCCAUCGUUUUCACAAUUCUUCAGUCCAUCAAAAGACAGCAGCUGCUAGCGUCAGUUCGAAUCCACUAGAAAAGAAAGCCGGUGAGUUGAUCCGACUUUGCCGCCCAAAUGAAUUCAUGAUUAGAUGUGACAAGUGAAACGUGUCAUUUUAAUAUUGGACAAUUCUCACGCCUAAGAAGCAAUUAUUCUGGCAUAGAUAAUCUCAUUGGAAAAGUCUGUAAAUAAAAGGAUUCCGACAAGAUUAAGAGCUUAUUUUGCUUGGUAAUUUUCAUAUGAUUUAUACAUAUUGUUGAUGAGAUUCAAGUUGUGUAAAUCUUCUAAUGCGUUGAUAUUGCAAUGCGUUAUGGUUAAAAUGUAUUCACUAAUGUGUUGGGGAAAAACCUUACUCACUUGACACUUUUGUCUAAUUUUCAUAUGUUUUGUUCCAUUUUCUCCCUCCUCUCAAGGUAGUAAAGGACAUUCAGUGUUUGACUUGUGAAA